AUGAACCUGAUCGGGUACUCUGAUAGUGAUUGGGGUGGUGGAGUUGAUGAUUCUAGAAGCACAUCUGGAUAUUUUUCCUGUUUGGGGACAAAUUGUUUUAGUUGGAGCUCUAGAAAACAAGAAACUACAACUCAAUCAACAACAGAAGCUGAGUACAUAGCUGCUGCAUCUGUUGUGAAUAAGGUUAUCUGGCUAGAUGAAGGACUUAGGCCAAGAACAAAUACAAGCUAUCAAGAUCAAGUGUUACAACAGUUCAACAGUUUCAAUCUCAAAAAAUCUAGUGUUUCAUGGUCGAACUAA